AUGACCGUGUCACUAGCUGCAUUGCGGUCCCAAUGGGCAGCAAAAUGGUACGGUGGCGCAAGCGUUCGUAUCCCGGGUGGAUCUAAGAUGGCGCCUGGACGAGUGCGACGAAGAGAUAGUAUACGAAUCUCCAGACUUCGCAAGACAUCCAUGAGCAUGAGCAUCCUACGAGACAAUCAGUACCAGGCUAUAGAUGAAAAGUAUGUAACUCUUCUCAACUUGUCAAAAUUCGAUUUGAUAUGGACAAUCAACUUUGAGCUGACUGCUCACCAUUGA